GGUAACUUUUAAGAGCUUACUGGGGCCAAUUUCACUGAACGUCUAAGCAUAAAAAGUUGAAACCAUGAUUCAGUUUAUCGCAGUAUAUCUGUGCAUUGUCCCCGCCUGGCCCAUCGCAUUGGCAGUCCCGGUAACGCCAGGGACGCUCACCUUCCUCGGAAAUGGAUAUAAUAUCCUCUUCGGUAACCCGGAAGGAGAUUUAAGGACUGGGAGUGGCGACCCCGGGCUGCUGAUUACUCGUAAAAUCUUCGAUUUCUCUUACGAUGACAAGAAGAUGUCCUUAGACGGGAGGUACACCGUACCAGAUCAGGUGAUCAUGUCAUCGAGAGAAUCGUGCCGACCUUCGGUUACAACUGCUGUCUUUGAGGGGACAAAAAGCUACCAGGACGAGCUCAAGCAUUACGUCAAGCAGCUGGGAAACUCAGGAACCACUUUGUCUGGGUACGAGUUCUCGAAAAGUGAAAAGUAUGUUGUUACGAGUCAGUCUACAAACGUCCGACAUCAUGUGUUCUUCGACGAAGUUACGACUUGCAACUUUGGUAGGGCGAGAUACGUCACAGAACUCGCCUUCACUGACCGAUUUCCACUCUCGCGAGAUUUCGUCGCCAGUGCAUGUGCUCUGCCCACGACCUUUGACCUGGUGGAGUACAUGAGAUUUUUGGACACGUGGGGAACACACAUUGUAUCAGAGAUGGAUAUUGGAACCAAGACAAUCAAACGAUCCCAGACUGACUACAAAACACUAGUGAAGUUUGCAAGAACAAUCGCGGAGCAUUAUUCCGCCAAUGGCGAAUCCAUCUCCCUGGAUAUGGCCAGUCUGCGAGGGCGCCUGCGCACGGAGCCCGCCCUCUUCGACGUCCUCGUGGAAACCCUGACCCUCGGCGAUGCUACCCGGGCCGAGCCCCUCUCACUGGAGCUGAUUGGUAUCGGGGAGGUCUUCGAUAUCGAUUAUUGGCAGCUGAUGGAUCGAUAUGUGUCGGAGGGUCUCUGCCCAGCGGGUGGAGAUGAAAAUUUGAACUCCAAGCGAGCCAAUCUAGUCAGGGCUAUGGAAGCAUACCCAGGCUGGCAUAAUGCACAGAAAUCACUUAACCCAGUCGUCCAGACCGCUAUCACUUGGCCGGUGGGUACGUACAGCCUGCCGAUGACCAACGGCAUGUCUGGCUGUCCCAACUCCGCCUUCUUCUGGCAGACCGGCCGGAGGUUUCAGGACACCCAGGACCUCUUCGCCAGCAAUGACUGGUCGGACCCGUGCCAUCUUAUGGGUCCUUACGCCAGGAACAACGUGCAGCAGAACUUCUGUAGUAAGACCGACGCGGUGGUUUCUGAGGGCGACACGCCCGAGUGGGAUGCUGGCGAGUAUUGCAUAUUCAAGAAAGGUUCCUGUCCAAGUGGUUUCUCUGAGGGUUGGAUCAAAUGGGACGACCAGGACGCGCUGAACGGCAACACUCAGAGCGGGGUGCUUCCGGACGGAGUGUACGACCACAACACGUUGAUCUACUACUGCUGCAGGGAAGACGGCGACCCGAUCACGCCCAUCCUACUUCCAACCCAAGACCCCUUCUUCCUGUUCCGAAAGAACGACGUGUGUCAGGCCGUGCAAGCCAUGAGUCUGAUCGAGGAGUGGUUCAAGUGGGACGGGGAGGACAACUUUGUUGAUUUCACCCGAUACUACGGGGGCUCUCACCCCUAUGUCGAUAGUCGGGAUGAUGACCACAAGAUAUACUAUUGCUAUUAUUACUAGGUUCUGGUGUGGUUCCCCCUCCCCCACUGUCUUCGAUUUGAUUAUAGCCUAGCCUUACUGAAACAAACUUGAUUUUCACCUACUAUGAGAAAAUCCGUAAAGGUAUAAACAAAUAAGACAUUGAACUGAGUUUAAACUUCAGAACUGUAUUUUACAAAUAUGCCAUAUUAGAUUUCAGUGUUGACAAGCAGAUUCUAAAACCAAGAACGUUAAAUUUGAACUGCCUAACCGACAUUCCUUAAAUUUGACAACAACGAGCAAAGCUAAUUCCAGAAGCGUUAUUCUCCAAUAAAACAAAAUCGCAAACAA